GUAUCGAAUUAAUCAGUAUCAUCAGCACUAUUGCCUAACUUAUCGUAUAAACAAAUCUUGAAACACUGGAAUCCUGUUAUGUCCACAUAAAGUUCUCUCUUGUUCUUCCUUCAACAUCAUUCUUCAUACUCUUACUCGCACAAAUAGUUACUACCGACAGUAAAAGUUUUCACGACUGGACAUCAAGCCGUUAGCAUGGAUUCAGCAAGGUCCACCAACACGUCCCCAAAACAGCCGUCAGUGUGGAAGAAGUAGCAAGUGGGAGUGGAUCACCGCUCUCACUUGGCAGUGGGUCGCGGUGAAAGCGUCGGUGCGACUCAUCCUCCUAACCUACCUUACGAGUCGCAUGCUGAAAGUUGGUGCGUUAAGGUGACAGGUAACAGCUGGUGAAUAACGGUGAGUAUAAUUUAUCUUAUAGUUAGCCAAUGAGAAAAAAAUAUUUGUCAAGAGGCAUAGGGAAGACAUAAGCGUGUGAACAUGUAGGCAUUUGUGAACUCGAGAAGCGACUGCUGAGAACGAGCAACCACCAUUCAAACGUAACUGUCUGGUAAGAAUAUCUCUGGAAUCAUCACAGUGUUCGUAGAGAGCUAUUGCUGAGUGUUCCUGUUGUGUCAUGUGGAUAUAGAACAGCUUGUAAAAAUAAUCAAACAACUAAAAAAAGUACUACACAUACGUGGACGCUGAUACAAGGUUUACACCAUUCCCAGUAGGAAAAGAGAAAAGAUUACUACUACUUCUACAACUACUGUUGCUGCUGCUGUAGCUGCCGUUGCUGCUGCUUCUACCGCUAUUGCUACUGCUGCUGAGCGAUACAAUUAAGGUGUCAAAUAUAUCAUGACUUAUGAAGAAAAUAAACACGCAUAUAGAAUAAGUACCCUAAGUGUACAGAUGUAUAUGCAAUUACCGAGGCAGUGAAGUAAAUCAACACACGAAAACCAAAGAGAAGAAUUACCGCCACCCGGAAUGCAUAAGCCCCCCUUGAGAGCGAUAGCUUCUGUAUCCAUUUUCUUUGUUUUCUCCCUUUCACUGAGGAAUCCUCCUAUAGACCGUGACAGUGAAGGGAAAGUUCAUUCUGCUUCGUCCAUCCCGUCGUUACAUCGCUACCAAUAUGGCGUACUGAAUAAGUCGGCUCCUCUCAGCGACCGUCUAAAAAAAACUCAUUUUGAUCAUGAAACAAAAACAGAGGAAGACACGCUUCAGAAUGAAUCUCAGCACGGAGUAUCGGCCAGGGAGGAGGAAAUACGGUGUUUUACAGAGUCAUGUCACAAAACUGUCAUGGAGAGGGAAAUGAACGUGGGUGUACCGGAACACGAUCAGGAUGCUUCUCAAGCUUAUGAAUACUUCCCUUCCUCUUUGUCAGCCAUCACCAACAUGACUAGCAUCGGGAAUCCAUUGCGGAAGGACCUAUGGAGAAGAUCUUGGGGUAGCCACCCAUUACCUUCCAGAACGGAAUUCACACCCAGAACUGGGGCACGCUGGAUGACUUUUUUCCAUGACCAGGCUGUAGCGGCGGUGCUUCUCUCACGUAACGACACCAUGUACGACUGCAUCGUGCAGGAGGUCAUAGAGAAGUGGGAACAGCGCAAGGCUCUGGAGUACCUGGGGGAAAUUAUGCCUCUGCAGCCAGUGGAAUUACCCACUAUGGUGCACUUAUCCACCCUCUGUGGCUUUUUAAACACCCCCCGGCCCGCUUCACGACCCACAGCCGCGAACAUUAACCUGUUGAGUCAAGGUCUUUCGAUACUGCAAGGGAUCCUCCCUGGAACCCUUUGGUGUGGUAGGAGUGACCAAGCUGUUUCCUACCGCCAACUUGGGCUCCGAACAGAGCUGGAUUCAUGCUGCCGCACUCACGACCACUGUCCAGUCAAGUUGUUGCCCAUGGCUUCCAACUACGGCCUGACCAAUAUCAGCCUCAAAACCAAGUCUCACUGCUUGUGCGAUUUGGAAUUUUACCGGUGCUUGAAGGCCGCCGGACAGUCUGAUCCUGUCGCCAAAGCAGUCGGGGAGGUGUACUUCAACUUCCUUCAGUUGGAUUGUUUAAGCACAAGGCCCACAAACCCCAUUCGUGCUGCUGACGAUGCGUCGCGUGUCACCACGCCUACAGACUCACAGAAAGAACAGUCGGAUCACCACAAUUCUACAGCAACUGUCAGUCUUUCUAGUCCACGCAUGGAGUGUUCUCGACGAGAUUCUAAUGGAGGGUGCCGCAUGUGGCUGUUAAACCCACGAGGCUUCACCCAUGGCCUCCACUUCACACCUUCUAACUUAACAUUCUGAAAUAACCAUGUUAACAAUAGUGUGUGUGUGUGUGUGUGUGUGAUAUUUAAAUUACUUCAAAAUCUGUUAGAAAAAAAUAUCUUUGCCUUUAUGAUUUAGCAGAACACUUGUGUGUGUGUGUGUGUGUGUGUGUGUGUGUGUGUGUGUUACAGGUAUAAUCCAAUAUAUAUACAGAUUUUUCUUGUGUAUAACUGUUUUGUAAUUCAUCAUCAUCAUCAUCAUCAUCAUCAUCAUCAUCACCAUCAUGCAUAAAUCCAUUGUAAGACCAGUGCCUCCUCCCAGCUUUCUCCAUUCAUCGCUAGUCGGUUAUCAGUCUUUUCGAAGUCAUUACCAGGAGCACGAUCCAUACACUAGUACUGCGUGAUUUUUUUUUUUUUUUUUUUUUUUUGUUCAGUAAUAAUGUAAGGCCGAUUUUCACAACACUUCGUUGCUUGCCAGAUAUGCUUCAACUCAUUGUGAUUUAGAUUUUUUAACCAUAGUUUGUGCUAAAUAAAUAUAUUUGUGUG